CUCUCCUCGAAGUUGCCCUCGUCGCAACAUCCUACAAAGAACAAGAAAAAAAGUCUAAGCAGACAAUUGCAAUAUUUUCCUGUCAGUUGCUUGAGUCUUUCUUUUCCGGACAAAGCUUCACGCCAUAACCCUCUUCUCAAUUGCGUUUCUGGGUUAUUUUCCGUCGCAGCCAUCAUGUCUAGCUUCUUCAUCGAGAACAAGAAUGUCGGCAACAAGGCCGAGAGCGAAGAUUGGCGAAUUCGGGGCUACAAUCCUCUGACUCCUCCCGAUCUGCUUCAGCACGAAAUCGCACAAACUGCCAAGUCGAAGCAGACCGUGAUCGAGGGCCGCGAGGAGGCUGUCGCCAUUGUAAAUGGUACCGACGAGAAGCAAAGACUCUUGGUCAUUAUUGGUCCUUGCUCGAUUCACGACCCCAAGGCCGCCCUCGAGUACUGCGACUUGCUGCUGCAAGCUAAGGAGAAGCACAAGGAUGAGCUGCUCAUUGUCAUGCGCUCCUACCUGGAGAAGCCACGCACAACAGUGGGAUGGAAGGGACUGAUCAACGACCCGGAUAUCGACAACAGCUUCAAGAUCAACAAGGGCCUGCGGCUGUCAAGACAGCUCUUCGUCGACCUUACGGACAAGGGCAUGCCCAUUGCCAGCGAGAUGCUCGAUACCAUCUCGCCUCAGUUCCUUGCCGAUUUGCUGUCCGUUGGCGCGGUCGGCGCGAGAACCACCGAGAGUCAGCUUCACCGAGAGCUGGCCAGCGGUCUCAGUUUCCCUGUUGGUUUCAAGAACGGCACCGACGGCUCCCUCGGGGUCUCCAUUGACGCCAUCGGCGCUGUCAGACACCCCCAUCACUUCCUCUCCGUCACCAAGCCUGGUGUUGUUGCCAUCGUUGGCACCGUGGGCAACGAGGACUGCUUCACCAUUCUGAGAGGUGGUACUCGGGGCACCAACUACGAUGCCAAGAGCAUUGCAGAGGCGAAGGCUGCAUUGGAGAAGGCCGGCCUCCCCCAGAGACUUAUGGUUGAUUGCAGCCAUGGCAACUCGCUGAAGAACCACAAGAACCAGCCUAGGGUUGCCGCUGACCUCGCUGGCCAGAUCGCCGGCGGCGAAGCUGCCAUCAUGGGUGUCAUGAUUGAAAGCAAUAUCAACGAGGGUAACCAGAAGGUACCCAAGGAGGGCAAGGAGGGUUUGAAAUACGGUGUUAGUAUCACGGAUGCAUGCAUCCACUGGGACGACACCGUUGCCGUUCUGGACCAACUUGCCGACGCAAUCAAGCAGCGCCGGGAGGUUCUCGGCAGGAAUGGCCAAGCUUAACGAGCUCGUCGCCGACUGCCUUUCUUUUUUUCUUCUCCGCGAAAACGUUGGAAGUUCCAUCGAUGCAAAGUAAAUGACCAACAAAUAGGGGAAAGUUUGCGUGCAUACCAAUGGCCUAGCAGUCGUUGCAGGCAGUUACAUAGAGUCUCGGCGAGGGUAAAAAGUUCUGUAGUUUGCGAUAAAAAUUGAAUUCCGUUGAUACCCAAACGUUCGAAUUCCCUGGUUCUUUUCUGAAGGAGGGGGUGAGUAAGGGAACUGAUAUAAGCAAAGUUUAGGAAGUGGUUAUUCCUCUGGGGACGGCACGUUGUAAUUUCUUCUGCGGGCAUGUGUGCCGAUUGUAUGGAAUAUCGUGAAAAUGAAUAAUUGUUCGUCCAAUGUCGUGUUGUAAUGCAGGCAGUGGUGAUCAUCGCAGCUGCAUCUACGUCAGGCCAAUCAAGCGGAGCAUAUUUCUCAGUCCGAGCAUGACGAA